AUGGAAGAGAAGGUGUUCUUGGGUCAAACCCUGAUUUGUGUGAUAUUACUGUUGGCACAGAUACAUGGAUACAAUAGCUGUAUUCAGAAAGAAAGGAAAGCUUUGUUGGAGCUCAAGCAAUACCUGAUCUCAAUUAGUGAAGAAUGGGCCCUCGACUCUGUUCUCCCUACUUGGACCAAUGAUGCAAAGAGAAACUGCUGCCGUUGGGAAGGCAUUAAGUGCAAUCGUCCAGGCGGCCGGGUUAUCGGAAUUUCCAUUUCUGAGACGAACUUCAAAGAGUUGUCUACUUUAAAUCUUUCUUUGCUGCAUCCUUUUGAAGAGGUUCGAAGUCUGAACUUAUCGGGGAUGUUAAACCAAUUCAAUGGUUUUUUUGAUGAUGUUGAAGGUUAUAACAGCCUCAGAAGAUUAAGAAAGUUAGAGAUUCUGGAUCUAUCCUCAAAUAGUUUCAACAAUAGCAUAUUUCCCUUUCUCAACGCUGCUACAUCUCUUACAACCCUUGUUAUUCAGAGUAACUUCAUGAAUGGCUCUUUGCCUUUUAAAGAACUAAAAGACUUGAUAAACUUGGAACUGCUUGAUCUGAGUGAAAAUAUGUUUACUGGUCCCAUGCAAGUGGUAGAGUUUGCUCACAUGAAAAAACUGAAAGCUCUGGAUCUAACUUUCAACGAUUUUUCUAGCUCAAUGGAAUUGCAAGGCAAGCAUAAUCUGACUAACUUGGAAGUCCUUGGUCUUGGAUGGAAUUCUUUCGACGGAACAAUACCAAUAGAAGUUUUUUGUGAAAUGAAGAAUCUCCUAGAGCUUGAUCUUAGUGUAAACAAUUUUGUUGGUCAGCUUCCUCCAUGUUUAGGUAGCUUGAACAAGCUACGGUUUCUUGACCUCUCAUCAAACCAAUUGAGUGGAAAUAUACCAUCUAGUUUCAGUAGCCUCCAGUCUCUCGAAUAUCUAUCAUUAGCAGAUAAUAACUUCACAGGCUUAUUUUCGUUCAGUCCACUUGCUAACCUAACAAAGCUCAAGGUGCUCAAACUUUCUUCACCAUUUGGUAUGGUAGAAAUAGAGCCAGAAAGUACGUGGGAGCCCUUAUUUCAGCUAAGUGUUGUUGUGCUACCAUUUUGCAGCUUGGAGAAUAUCCCUAGUUUUCUCAUCAACCAAAAGAACUUGCAUCUUGUUGAUCUAUCCAACAAUAAAUUAUCCGGAGAUAUUCCUACUUGGCUGUUGGAGAAUAAUCCAGAUCUUAAAGUCUUACAGUUGCAGAAUAAUUCAUUCACUGUCUUUCAGAUAUCUGCAAUAGUGCAUAAUUUGCAGGUUCUGGAUUUUUCAGACAAUGACAUCAGUGGAGUGUUCCCUGAUAAUAUUGGUAAUUUUCUUCCGAGUCUGUUACAUCUGAAUGGUUCAGAUAAUUUGUUCCAAGGAAAUUUUCCGUCUUCUAUGGGUGAGAUGAAGAACAUUUCAUUUCUGGACCUGUCUUAUAAUAACUUCUCUGGAGAACUACCUAGAAGCUUUGUCACGGGUUGUUUUUCAUUAGAGUUCUUGAAGCUCUCUCACAACAAAUUUAGCGGCCAAUUUCUUCCAAGACGAACAAGCUUCACUGCAUUGUCCGUGUUGAUGAUCAAUAACAAUUCCUUUACAGGGAAGAUCGGAGUUGGUUUGCUUAGCUCCAUAAACUUGGGAGUACUUGACAUGUCCAACAAUUUUCUCACAGGUACUAUUCCACCUUCUUUGUUGGUUAUUCCCUUUCUUUCUCUUGUUGACCUCUCUGGAAAUUUAUUAUCUGGAGCGUUACCGUUACAUAUUCGUAAUAUAGACGGAACCAGAUUGUUCCUACAGGACAACAAUUUCACUGGAAAAAUUCCGGACACCUUGUUGGGAAGUGUAAACAUACUUGAUCUACGGAACAAUAAACUCUUUGGGAGUAUUCCAGAGUUUGUCGAUACAGGGGAUAUAAGUAUUCUUUUACUGAGAGGGAAUAAUUUAACAGGAUCUAUUCCAAAUAAGCUAUGUGAGUUGAGCAACAUCAGACUUUUGGAUCUUUCAGACAACAAGCUCAAUGGCUUCAUACCUUCAUGCCUCAGUAAUUUAUCAUUUGCACUGGGAGGAGACGAGGGGAGGAGUCAGUUUGCUGCGGGAAUUUCUACUGUAGCGAACCUCCAGUUGGAAUUUUACAAAUCCACAUUUGUGGUAGAUAAUCUAAGUUCACAGCUGGAACACUUGAUUUUAUGUAUGGGUUGGAUCUGUCAAGCAAUGAACUAG